GGCGGGAGGCCCGCUAGCGCAGGAAGUCGCCCCAGCGAAGGAGGAGGGAGGAGGCGGAGCUCUGCCGCUCGGCCCAAGUUAUUAAACUAUCUGCUCUGGAGUUAUCUGGGAGAAGACCAGUUCCUUCAAUGAUAUCAUGAUUUUUGGAUUGAAAACAAUGGGUAGAAAAGAUGCCUCCACAUCAAGGACUCCUGUUGACCAGUACAGGAAACAAAUAGGGAAACAAGAUUAUAAGAAAACCAGGCCUAUGUUAAGAGCUACAAGAUUAAAAGCAGAGGCCAAGAAAACUGCACUAGGCGUAAAGGAAGUUGCCCUUGUCCUUACAGCCAUACUGGUAUUUUUGUUGGCUUUCUAUGCUUUUUUUUAUCUUAAUGUUUCCAAUGAAGUUGACCUUGAUCUGGAUCCAGAUGAAAACUAGCAGAUGCAAUGAAUCUAUCAAGAUUUCUUCAGCUUCAACAAGACUACAUAGGAACACACAGUCCCUUCCCUGUAAGACAGUAAACGAUGCCAUUUCUUGCAGUCCAAAUCCAUAGGAAAGUUUUGCAAUACAUCAGUCACAUUCCAGGUCUCCAAAUUAAGAACACUUAUGCCUGGCCAAGUGUAUUUGUCUAACAGCAAAGCCAGGAGCAACAGUACAAUACAUGAAGUUUAUUGUUUACAUUAUGUUUUCCUCAGGCAGAGAAUUUUGAUGUCAAAAGACAGGUGCUACUAUUAUAAUGGGUAUUGACGCUGACUUCACAGGAGUGUCUGCCUUGACUGAAUUUAGGAAUCAGAGCUUCCUAAUAACCAUAUUAGUUUCCUGUUCCUUUCUGAAGAGAAAGCAGAAAUACCAAAUGAAAAGUCUUUUCUUCAUUUGUGUUCAUAAUAUAUCAAAACACCUUCAUCCUUUCUCUCCCUUUUAAUCUUUCUUGCGCAUGUGUGCGCAUGCAUGAAGAUGGAAGAAAUUGUAGGAAAAGAAUAUCUUCUUACAAGCAGUCUGUCACCUUCUAUAUGGACUUAAUUUUCUGUCAUUCCAGAUUCUGUGUGCCCAUAUAUCUACAGUAAUCUUUUUCAUUCUUUUGCCAACUGUUCAGCACACAUGUGUUCUGUUAGAAAUGGCACCUGGAUGACAGAAGCUCUAACAUUGGCAUAUGCUUCUGAAACACAGUUCUUUGCCUCCUGUGCUGUCUGAACUAGUGUAAAUAGAAAGUUUAGUUGAUGUUGGUUUUAAUUAGUGUAUUGGUCUACUAUUAAUAUAAAGUCAAAAUUGUGUUUUAAUUAUGCUCUUCCUGAUGGUUUUGGUAUCAACUUGCUCUACCUAUUAGGGGCAUGUUGUAUUAAAACAUUCCUUUCCAGCUAUACAAUCAUUUUAAUCAUCAAACUAAUGUGAGAGGCUGUAAGUAACAAGAAAACACUUUUUCUCCUGGCAUACUAAUAACUGGUAAAUCUUGGCUCCAUUACAUCCUUCAGUUCUUGCAAAGUACCUUUCAAAUUAGGCACUGUAGAUAGCAUUUUUGUUCCUUUGAUAGCCAAAAGCCACUUGAAGAAUUUGUUGUGUCAGAGCAGCUGCAGGGAGCUUUAAAAUUCUGGCUUUAUUCUGUUCUGCUUUGAGUUUGGCACAUAACUGAGCUUGUGGAUGUAAAGACUGUUUUGAUCCCCUUAAAAGUGUGGUCAGUCUUUCUCAGACUGAGAUUCAGUUCCGAUUCAGUUUGAUAUCAAGAACGUGUAGAGCCAUUGGUGCUGAAUGUUGCAAGGAAAUUUAGGCAGACUGACUUUCGGAAAAGUUUUCAUAAUUCUGAGGCUUGGUUUUGCCUUUGACAUAAAUUUCAGAGCUGAAUGUUAGAUUUAAUUACAACUGAGGUAUUUACUGUCUUGUUCCUGAGAUGCCUGGCUAAGAUUUCUUACAGUGAUUUUUAAGACAAAGGGAUACAAAUCACAGCAAAUAUAAUAAUGGAAAAUAUAUUUCUUUUAAAUUGACACAGUCCCAUUAUCACCACUUAAGAAACUUGGAUCAAUACAGUUAAUUUUUAAACCAUAUAGUAACUAUGACCAUAUACAUUAUGAGUCUCUAAGGAUCCACUUCAUAUGUGUCAUAAUGUUCAUUCACUUUAUGCCAUGCAGAACAACAACUCUAGAAAUUCAGAGUACAACAGUCUUCCGAAAAAUAUAUGAAAGAGAAAAUUAUAUAUGCAAAUAUAUCUCAUUUUCUACAUAUGACUCUUACAGACACAAAAUCCUAACAUUUAUGUAUGCAAAUGACUUAUAGUGCACUACUAGUCGCACACUUGACCAAACACCUCCAAACAUGUUGAAUUUUUGGUGAAGCUUUAUCUGACACAUGACCCAACUUCCAGUGGAGGGAAAAGCAUAUCACAAACUGUCUCCUUGGAUGUGACAUGCUUUUGACUCCACCAGCACCCAACCACAUGUGACAGAAUCUGCAGACCUCUCCUGUUACUCUACAUUAGCAUUUUUUAUGUUCUAUAACAUGCUGGAAGGAUUUUCAGCAUAUAGCUCUCUGGGUCAUGUGUGGUCUGAGAAAGAUACGUAGUUACUCCCUUCGUGCAGGUCAUUUCUCAAUGACCUGCUCUCUCUCUCUCACACACACACAUAACCUGCUUUCUCAAUUGGUUGUGCUAAAAAGCAAGCAAUUCUUACUGUCAAAUUUAUGAAUAUGAAGUUCCUAGGACAGGAAUAGUCCAUUUCCCAUAACUGUGAAUCAGACCAAGUCUAAAGUGUGCAUAUAUGUGAUUCAAUCAGCUUCCCCAGUGUGUGGCUUAUGAGUCCAUAUUGCCCACAGUUUGGCGUUUGUCUAUUGGCUUUGUUUGGAUUAGGUCUUUUCAUUUGCAUGAAAGAUCAUAAAAUCAUUAAAUCAUUGAAUGGUUUGGGUUAGAAGGGAUGCAAAAGAUCAUCUAUUUCCAGUACCUCUGCCAUGGGCAGAGACACCUUCUACUAGAGAACGUUGCUCAAAGCCCCGUCCCAGUGUCAGACACGUCCAGGGAUGGUGCAUCCACAGCUUCCUUGGGCAACCUGUUCCAGUGCCUCACCACCCUCAGAAUAAAUUUUUCUCAAUAUCAACUCUCUCUUCUGCUGUCACUACAUGCUUUUGUAAAAAGUCCGUCUUUUUUGUAGGCUCCCUUCAGGUACUCGAAGGAUAUUCUCAUGUAGCAGGAAAAUUUCCUUUUGCUUUAAGUGGGUAGACUUCUGUUCAGUAUAUGUAGAAAUAUGUGGUAAAUAUUGCAGCAAAUACACUUCUUCUCUUAUCAGUACAAUAAUUCCUAAUGGGACACGUGGCUUAUUUUGCCCUUAAUUAUAUCUAAGAUUGAAAUAUGCCUUUUGGAUCUUGGACCAUCUAUCUUUGUAUGAGUUGCUCCGUGUCUAUUUUAUUAAUAAAUGAUUUUUUCUAUUUUUGUUCUCUUAUUAAUUUUGAACAUACUGAAUUAUGUAUACAUUUGAAAGGAAAUUAAAACAAUUCAAACAGCACAAUGUUCAAAAGUGAGCACUGAUGUCAGUUUUAGAAUAUCUGGAUUACUUUAGGCAGUUCUAGCUGCUAAACUCAUAUAAAACUAAAUGUGGCCUAUGAAUACUUAAAAGACAAUGAAGAGAACUUCGUUUGGCAUCAUACCCAAUACUAAUAGAUUAGAUCUCUUUCUGGAGUUGAUUCAUGCAGCUGUAUCUCUUCAGUUGUACAAGACUUUUAUUAUAAAAUCAGUAAUUUUAUAUGCUUGUUUCAAAGAGGGAUUGCUGAUCAAAUGAUUUACAUGGCAAACCUGGCUUAAUGAAUUUUUUCAAAGAUAUUCACCCUAAGGAAAAGGUAGACAUCAGUUGUUGCCCUCUAUUCCUGCAGUAAACUGAAUUUCUUUCUAGCAGAGGUUGUGGAGGAGAUACCUAUGCUGAGUCCUUGUGCUGUGAGGGGGGAGCAGAUGUCCUGUCUGGAAGAAUCUCUGGCUAGGAAGGCAUAACAGUCUUCCAGAAGUGAUUUUGCUCUGUAAAUCUUCCUAGGUGUUUUUCCUUUUCUCUUUGAUUCUUCAAAAGCAGAGCCAGCAUGCAGACCAUCUCAGGACAGAAGCCUCAGUCUAGCAUUUCUACUAGUGCUUCUAGUGAACAUUGCCAAGGAAAGGCUCUAGUUCUGCCACCUAAAAUCCAUAAACAUAUUUUACUGGAAGGUUAGGAGGCAUGUUAAGCAUUUCCCUAACAGACCCGAAAGAUACAUUUCAACUUUUCUUGAAGAAAAGUUGUAGUUAAAGUUCACUGUUGCAUAUCAUAUAAGACACCAUGUGGUUCAGAGUCAGCUCCUUCCAUGCAUCAGACCAGCUGUAGCAGGACUUGUAGACUGGGAGAUGGUGCUGCAACACAUAACUGCAAGUAGCAACAACAUAAGCAAACUCAUCUGUUUACUUAGGUGUCCUUUUGAGCAGCUGACCUAUAAAUUUUAUUUGAAAACACAGGUUUUAAACAAUUCUACUAAAGGAAAGCACAGUGGAAGCCCUACAAAACAGUCUAUGCCUCUUCCAUGAAGGUUGCUACCAUGGAAGAGGCUUAUCUGCUGACUUAGGGCCAAGUUUUGAAUGCUGCCAUUCUCAGAAGGAAGGUGCUGCUAGGAGCUCCCAGCAGAGUGAUGAUUGAUAAGGGAUUGUUGUCCCUAUAAAGCACAACUGAACCAGCUGGUGAAGGUCAAAUGCAUUCAGGACAAUUCUUUGUAGAGAGCUGUACUUGAAAAGCAGAGUAGGCAAGUUGGAGUGCCAACAAAAAAGAUACUACAGAUCUUGAUCGCAUUUCAAGUUCUACUUACAGUAGCAUAGUAAUUAGUGGUGCUUAUGACUAAGGAAAUAACAGUAUGGCACAUCAAUAAGACAGCAGAAAUGAGAUGUUGGAACUGCAUCCUAAAAGAUUUUACAGUGGAUUAUGCCUGCACUUUGGGAAGUGAAGCCAUGAGAUGAAUAAAUUGGCAAAGAUUAUCUGUGAUCUUAUGCUUACAAUAUUUUUUCCUGAAAGAGCCAGUGGAGAUAUUUUACAGUACAUUUCUCCAUCAUCCUCUUAGUUUGCUGUAAUGCGUUUUUGUAGAUGUAUUUCUUUCCAAGAGUGAAAAUAUAUUUUUUCUUGCAGUUCAUCAAUUCAUUUAAUUGACAGAAUCCUCUACUCAUCCUUUUAUCCCCCCUUAAUCACAAUCAAAUUAGUGGGGAGACAGCCAAAAUGUUAGGUACCAGUGUCUCUCAAGCAGAUGUCACACCACUAUUUUUUAGCUCGUUUAAAUGAAUAAACAUGUUAAACUGUGAAGUAUUACAUUUUAGAUUUUUUCAUUAAAAAAAUGGGACAAUCUGUUUACUGUCCUUAAUUGAGACAACAAUCCUGGUGGUUGCCAGUUUUGGCAGUUGUAAUGAUGAACUAUAAAUAUUGGGACAGACUGACUGAUGAUUGUGGAGGAUAGUUCAAGUACAAUACUCAUUCUGCAUGAAUACUUUUUUCCGUGCUACAUUUUUUCUAGCUUCUGUGAUUGUUGUACUGGUUUUGCAUGUUAAAAACAAAUAAAUACCUGACUAGUCAAUCAA